CCUGCGCACAAGUGAGUGGGUGGGGACCUACUACCUCGGCUUUGCUGUACGCUGGGCCGGCGCGGCAAUGGCGCAACAGGGGAAACUACUCAAGGAGCAGAAGUACGACCGGCAGCUGAGGUUGUGGGGUGAUCAUGGGCAAGAAGCUUUAGAAUCUGCACAUGUUUGCCUAAUAAAUGCAACUGCUACAGGAACUGAAAUUCUUAAAAACUUGGUAUUACCAGGUAUUGGAUCAUUUACAAUUAUUGAUGGAAAGCAGGUCAGCGGAGAAGAUGCUGGAAACAAGUAUGUCUUGUUCUUUUACCAUAUGAACCUGUUAGAAGGUAGUGCGCUCAGGAUGAGCCUGAGUGCUAAUUGAACCUCAUG